UUUGUCAAGGAGUUUAGUUCUAGCUCGAAGGAUCGACACGUGGGUGCGAUGUUUUUCGCGAAGUUAGGUUCAUCCUUUGGAGUGUUAUUGAUCUUGGUUCAUCUGGCCGAUGGGUUCAAGAAUCAAACUACGGCCCGAUUUCUGGUCGAAGAAGAGGAUGCACUACUAACGGUGCCUCAACUGAUCCGCAAAUAUGGCUACCAGGUGCAGGAACACCAGGUCGAAACACCGGACGGUUAUCUACUGGGCAUGUACCGAAUCAUCCCCCGGCGACCCUCCCGGAAGCAUCCGGUGUUUAUGAUGCAUUCCCUAUUCAGCAGCUGUUCCGAUUGGGUCCUGAUAGGAAGGCAGCACGGACUGGCCUAUCUUCUGUCCAACCUGGGCUACGACGUUUGGAUGGGAAAUGCCCGGGGCACCCGGUACUCCCGGAAGCACAAGCUACUGUCGACCAAGAACCCCACCUUUUGGGACUUCAGCUUCCACGAGAUCGGUUUCUACGAUGUUACUUCGCUGAUCGACUAUGUCCUGGAUCAAACGGCGGCAUCCAAGCUACACUACGUUGGAUUUUCCCAGGGAGCCAUGACGGCCUUUGUGGCGCUGAGCAGUCGACCGGAGUACAACGACAAGAUCAUCCAGCUGCAUGCCCUUUCUCCGGCAGUUUACAUGUACCGCAGUUUAAGUUCCUUCCUGCGGCUGCUUUCGGUGAGCUAUCGGCAGCUGGCGCAGGUUUUUAUCAAAGCGGGUCAAUACGAAAUACUACCUAACUUCGAGCAGCAGUACUUCCUGUUUCGUUGGCUGUGUCCAGCGCCAGCCCAAACUCUGUGCCGUUCGGUGAUCUACGAUAUUGUUGGUGCCAACCCGGAUCAGCUGGACGCGAGAAUGCUGCGCAUAUUCUUCGGUCACUUCCCGGCCGGUGCCUCCCUGAAGCAGGUUGGCCACUACGCUCAGAUCAUCCGGGAUGGGCUGUUCCGGCAGGUGGACUACGAAGAUCCGGUGCUGAACCGAGCAGCGUACGGUGGCUAUGGGGAAGUGCCCCGGUACAACCUAUCGCAGGUGACGGCCCCGGUCCGGACCUACUUCGGAUACAACGACAACACGGUAAACUAUCUGAAUGUGCUGCAGCUGGAACAGGAAGUGCCGAACGUCAUCGGAAGCUACCCGGUGCCGGAUAAACGGUUCAGCCAUGUCGAUUUCAUCCUGGCCAAUUCGGUGCGGGAGGUACUUUAUGAGGAGAUUGUCCGAAACAUUGAAGAUUCCGAUGGACGGAGCUACAGCUAGUUGGAAAAAGGUUUAACUGUCGAGGCAAAUGUUAACUGAUCUAGGACACGAAGAUUUUUAUGUUUUAAUGUAAAUAUUUGUACAAAUGUGGUUAUUAAAU